AUGUUCCCCGAUCUGCCCGUAGGUUACCGCCUCACCGCCCCCGAAAUGGCGCAGGCAGGCUUCGGCGCCCCCAGCUGGAGGAAGGUGUCGCGCAAGCACGGCUCCUACCGCCUGGUCCAGAUGUACCAGGCGUGCCGUGGUGACCAGUGCUGGAUCGAAGCGCCGGUCGUGGCCGCCGCGGGCGGCCUCUUCAACCUCACCGCGUGCCAGCGCUGCACCAAGGUCGGCGGGUGCGAGGUCAGCACCGUUACCAAGGGGCUGUACGUCGCGUUCACUGGGCCCAACACCGCGGUUUUUUUGAACAGCUCCACACUCGAGCCGGUACAGGAGAAGGAGGCACAGUGGGAGAAGGACGCCGACGCUUGGGGCCGCGAGCGCAACUGGUUCCAGCACGUGCUGCACGAGCUCGCCGAGUUCAAGCGGCGCGUCAUCAAUGGCGAGCCCACGGUGGCCACGGUCUCGGAUAUGGACAACGAGGCCGAUGAUUCACUCCCAAUCCAGCCUACUGAGCUGGUCCCGAUGCCGUCCUUCAGCGGUACCCGCACCAAGAAGAAGAAGAAGAAGUCCUCGCAGAGAACCACCACCACCCUCGCCCUCAAGCACGAGUUGCUAAGGUUCGCCGCAAUGAAGAGAAAGAAGAAGGUCCUCCUGGCUUUCCAUAGGAACGCAAUGGAGACAGAGAAGGUGGCUCGACGCAGGACUGAGGAGGCGCUGGAGAGGGAGCGCGCUGCUCGGAUCUCCAAGGAGGCCGAGUUGGCUGCAACAGCGGAGAAGUUGGCCGCCAAGGAAUCGGAGCUUGUCCAGGCUACGGACCAGCUUGUGGCACGGGAGGCCGAGUGGAAGCAGAGGGAGGAAGAGUACACAGCCACCAUCGCGAGCCGUGACAGGGAGCUACAGGAGACAAACGGGCAUCUGGCGGCCUUCGUCGCCUGGUCCCAGGCAGCCCCCGCAGGCCCGCAGCAACGCUAA